GUGGAGGACACGUCAAAUUGAUUUCCACACGCUGCAGCCUCCCGGUCAGACGAAUUUCUCCCAAUCGGAUGAAGUUCAAUCUGGGCCUGGGGUCGCGGGCGUGGAGAGUGUCCUGGGAGCGGGUGGCAGCGGCGGCGUCAGGCCCCGGAGCGCGCGGCGGCGCGCUAGGCGGCCGUACUCAGCGCGUCUCCAGCCCGCGGCCGGGCCGCCGCGGCUCCCGGCUCUCGCGCGCCCUCCCUCUAUGCCUCUCCAGCGGCGGCGACGGCGCCCGAGCUCUCCCGGACUGCGCCGGGCCCAGUCCGGGCCACCCCGGCGCCAGGCAGCUGGCUGGCCCGCGCGCUAUGGAGCAGACCUACGGCGAGGUGAACCAGCUGGGCGGUGUGUUCGUCAAUGGCCGCCCCCUGCCCAACGCCAUCCGCCUGCGCAUUGUGGAGCUGGCGCAGCUCGGCAUCCGACCCUGUGACAUCAGUCGGCAGCUCCGCGUAUCCCACGGCUGCGUGAGCAAGAUCCUGGCGCGAUACAACGAGACAGGCUCCAUCCUGCCUGGGGCCAUCGGGGGCAGCAAACCCCGCGUCACCACUCCCAACGUGGUCAAGCACAUCCGGGACUACAAGCAGGGAGACCCUGGCAUCUUUGCCUGGGAAAUCCGCGACCGGCUGCUGGCCGACGGUGUCUGUGACAAGUACAAUGUGCCCUCGGUGAGCUCCAUCAGCCGCAUCCUGCGCAACAAGAUAGGCAGCCUGGCGCAGCCUGGACCGUACGAGGCAAGUAAGCAGCCGCCGUCGCAGCCUACGCUGCCCUACAACCACAUCUACCAGUACCCCUACCCCAGUCCCGUGUCGCCCACGGGCACCAAGAUGGGCAGCCACCCUGGGGUCCCUGGCACGGCGGGCCACGUCAGCAUCCCGCGCUCAUGGCCCUCGGCACACUCGGUCAGCAACAUCCUGGGCAUCCGGACGUUUAUGGAGCAAACAGGGGCUCUGGCUGGGAGCGAAGGCGCCACUUACUCUCCCAAGAUGGAAGACUGGGCCGGCAUGAACCGCCCGGCCUUCCCGGCCACCCCCACAGUGAAUGGACUGGAGAAACCUGCUUUAGAGGCAGAUAUCAAAUACACUCAGUCGGCUUCCACCCUCUCGGCCGUGGGCGGCUUCCUCCCUGCCUGCGCCUACCCGCCCUCCAACCAGCACGGCGUGUACAGCGCCCCGGGCGGCGGCUACCUCGCCCCGGGCCCGCCGUGGCCGCCGGCUCAGGGCCCUCCUCUGGCGCCCCCCGGGGCCAGUGUAGCUGUGCACGGCGGGGAACUCGCCGCAGCUAUGACCUUCAAGCAUCCCAGCCGUGAAGUGCCCGACAGGAAGCCUCCCAGCCCAGGCACCAAGGCCCCGGACGCCCUCAGUAGCUUACACGGACUGCCCAUCCCGGCCUCGACCUCCUAGGGGCAGCUCUCCCCGGACCCGAGCCUGGAGGGAACGGCAGGCGGACCCGGGCGCACAGGUGUUCGCGGCGGCCCAGGCGAGCGGCGCGGGCAGGACCCGAGGACAGGUGGCGCAGGAACCGGCGCAGGCCCCCAGGGGCCGCCUCGCCAGCCCCCAGGCCCAGCCCUGCCUCUGGCAGGACCCAGCACACUCCCUUUAUUGGCCUGGGUUUUUAGGCUUCGCUGAACUUUGACUUUAGACUGUCGCAGCCUCCUCACAGUCCUUGCUCUGCCAGCCUCAAGUCUCUUUUUUGUCUCUCUCCGGUCCGUCUCGGUCUCGCCUUCGUCCCUCUUUCCUUCCCUUCUCUUUCUCUUUUCCUUCCUCCCUCCCUUCCACCCGGCCUUUCUCGACCUUCUGUCGCUCCCUCAGCCCUUCCACUCUCUUUUCCUUCCUUCGGCCUCCGCUCCAGUCCCGCUCCCCACUCCUCCCGCCUUCGCCUUAUCCUCUGUCUUCCCCUCUACAGGCUCUCAGCCCCUUUUUCCUGGUCCAUCCCCGUCGUGUUCUCUCUCUCUCUCUCUCUCUCUCUCUCUCUCUCUCUCUCUCUCUCUCUCUCUCUCUCUCUUUUUUCUCUGGGGAGCCCCAGUUAACCGCCCUAGUUCCCUUUGUUUUCACUGCUUCCCCAAGAGCCCUAGUGCCACCUCGGUGACAGUCCCUUCUACGGCACCUGGGACGUCAUAGCCCUCACUCCUCUGAGCAACCCCCAGCUCUAAUUGAGGGGAGCUCAAACCUAGCAAGUGGACAGAAAAGCCACAGCCUUUAUAUAUAUAUUUGUAAUAACAAACCCUAAAAAACCCUCCAUGAACCGUCCCCUCUCCUCACUCCCGGCAGCUUAUUGUUUGGAAAUCUGUUUCCUCACAGCCCUGUGGCCGCCGGCUUCUCUUCCCUUCUGAGAUGAUAUCACCCCAAAGAAGACUGGGGUAGGAGUAGGGGGCACCGGGGCUGUUGGUGUUUUCUGUGGUGUCCUGCAGGUGUCUCCUCCCACCCCCCCACUGGCAACACUUGCAAGGGAAUCCCACAAGUGGUAAACGCAUCAGCACUGUUUUUGGUGUUCAGGGGUCAGCACAUUUGUUAAUUUAAACCACAAACUGCUUCCAGGUACAGAGGUUCAUUUGGACUUCUGGUUUGCAAGGGAUGAGGGUUAAACACACACACACACACACACACACACACACACACACACACACACAAUCUUCUAGAGCCAGCUGCAAGAGCUGUUAACUGCUUCCAAUUUCCAGGCGAGCUGGUGGUGGGAUCCUGUACAUAGAGCAAUUCCGUAGUCAUAGCAAUAUCCAUGGCGAGUCUGACAUGGCCUGUUAAAGGUGGCUGCCUCUGAAUAAAGGAAAGUGUCUGGAAGGCGUGUGGUGAGCUGAGCAAGUCUGUUUCUGAGUGCAGUGUUGAGUUCGCACGCCGAAGCUGCUCUCUCCCCUGAGGUCCCAGGAUGAACAUUCUCAAGGGAAAUCAUUCUUUUGGUUUCCCCGUGAGCACCUGCAUUCCAGGUUGGUCAAGAAGUAGGAGAGAAAGCUAAAUGGAAGUGAAUGGGGAAGGCAUUUGCCAAUGGGGUGGGCAGCCCCUUCUCCCCUCACAAGGGAUGGACUUGUUAGUGAACCAGGAAAUGCCAGGUGAGCUCGGAGAAACUGAGCUGGAGAGGCAAUGUGCAGAAAUCAUCCUAAAAUGCAGUUAAUUCUGAAAAGAGAAAAAUGGGCAAAAGGCAAUGAGGCAGAAUGGAGUAUUCAUUCAGAACGUUUCUAGUAUUCUAAAAGCUAAGGAAACAAUCCCAGGGUACAAAUCUGUUUGACUUUCUAAAAACAGAUGGAAGAGAUUUUUGAAUUGAAGUUGCUGCUUGUGAGUGGAGCUAGCCACUUAGUGCAUGCCCUGCCCCCACCUAGGGGACCAGUGGUAAACUGGUUAUUUUUUUCAUCCGUUUCUGAUAGUACCUGUUGAAGGUACCAGUCGUAAAACAGUGCUUUCUUUUUUCCUAGAAAGUCCCUUCUUCUCAGAUUCAGUCUCUUGUCUUUUUAAAAAAAGUUUCAUUUUUGUAGAUAGUGCUAGUGAUGGCUAAAGAGUUGAUUAAUUUUCUCUGGACCACAUAACGAGGUACGGAUUAGAGGGCUUGUGCUUGGAAACUGAGUGACAGCAUCUCAUCAGAGAGGCAGGAUUGAGACUCAGACUUUGAGACUGAAGUCCUCAGCCUUCAGGGCAGCACAAUCUACACAAGAGCAUGUCAUACUGGUAAUAGAAAAAAAGCAUGACAAAGAAGCAUGUUCCCACGUCCCCCGUCCUCUCAGCCUGUCUCCAUGUGCUUGGAUGCUCAGUUGUGACAUCCUGGAGAGAAUUUUUAUGCACCCACUUGCGCUUCCUGGAGAAGGACUGGCUUGUCCAGGCCAGGAUGAAGUCAUCGUAUCCCUUUCUGACGGAAUGAGAAGAAGCUGUACAACAACUACCUUUGAGUUGUCACCAUCCCCAUUUCCCUGCCAUGGCCCACUUCUGUGUUUGAGCUGAUCAGGGUUAUGGGGGAGAAGAGCUGGGAAAUGUAUUUCAGGAUGGAUGCAAAGCACUUGUGUUUUAAGUGCCACCUGCAAAGGGAGGCAUUUUUCAAAUCUGCCUCCUUUUGUUCCCCAUAUCCUCUGGCUGGAGGUGGGUCUUUGUGUUCCUGGGCUCUGGGUGAGCAUUCACAGAGCAUAGGCAGCCUUCGUCCCAGACCCAGCAGGGUCUGGCAUUUCAUAUGAGAUAUGGAGGAACAUACCCUCUCUCUUGAGGCUGUGGGUCAUGGAAAAUCUCAGUGAACUUGGCUUAAACCCCUGAUCCACCGUAUGUGACAGGGGACUGGACCGUCUCUGAGCCUGUCUAUGAAAUGUAGCCUUCAGUGCAGUCUUGCCCGCAGUGACCUGGCCUGUAGGAAGACUGGCACUGGUGUGGCUUUACUUCUCUGGAGGCUAUUUUCUUAUCUGUUAACAAAAGUUAGAGGACUCACUUGUAAGGUUGGUGGGAGCCCCAGAAUUUAAAUAUUUUCCAAAAUAUCCCAUUGCAAUAUUGCACUUUUGCUUUUUAUUGACAUGGAUCUGUGGAGGCAUUGUGAGCUCAUAAUAAAAUUAUACAGCACCACGUCGGGUAGAAUAAUUUGAGAAACGAUCACUCCCUAAAGCCUUUUUUUUUAAAAUUGAAGAAUAAGAUUUUAGAAAGAAAAACACAGAGAUAUACCCCAAAGAAAAUAAAAACAUAAUCACUCAUAUGGCCCUUGGACUUUCUGAAAGAAUGGAAAUAAUACAUGUGUAUCACUAAAAAACUCAAGCAGUCCGGAAAUAUUAAAAGGAAAAGUGAAAGCUCUUUCUACUUUCAUGUUUUUUCUUAAUGGUGAACGCUGUUACAGCCUUUUGUGAAUCUUUUUAGGAAAAAAUGCAUGCUGGAAAAUAUCUGUUUCUGUCCAGGUGUUAUUUAAAAGUGCAGGCUAACGAGUUGUGCUGUGCACAUACACAGACAGCGGCUGAAGAUUCGCUCUUUCUGUACCACCAGCUUCAGCUCCAGUGUACUCACUUUGCGCACUUGAAUGGAUGUCUAUCACCAAAGAUUUAUUAACAGCAGGGUGUUUGUAAAGAGGGCCAGCUUCGUGAUUUAAAUGAAUAAAGACGGGAUUUUGUGUGUUCAUUAUUGGAGGAAGUACUUGCAAUGGAUUGCAAUAACUUCCCUGCCAAAGGUAACUGCUUUUUUGGCAAGGAGUAAGGAAAACAAACAAAAGGAAAGGAGGAUUGAGGGACAAGAGCCAUGAAGCUUUGCCCUACUUGAAUAUACCCCGAGUUGUUCUACAGAUCACUGAAGGGCAUUGGAAGGUGUGAAGGGAAGGCUGUUUUCCUCUGCUUUGAAGGGAGUCAGUCUCUGGGCCAGGAAAGACACAGGGAGGCAAAGGGGUGAGGGAAAACCUUGUAUGAAGAAAUAUGGGCUACAAAUAAAGUUUAAAUUU